AUGACGUCACAGUUCAAUGGCACCUCUAACACCAUGACGUCAGAGUUGAAUGGCACCUCUAACACCAUGACGUCAGAGUUGAAUGGCACCUCUAACACCAUGACGUCACAGUUCAAUGGCACCUCUAACACCAUGACGCCACAGUUCAAUGGCACCUCUAACACCAUGACGCCACAGUUCAAUGGCACCUCUAACACCAUGACGCCACAGUUGAAUGGCACCUCUAACACCAUGACGCCACAGUUAAAUGGCACCUCUAACACCAUGACGCCACAGUUGAAUGGCACCUCUAACUCCAUGACGCCACAGUUGAAUGGCACCUCUAACACCAUGACGCCACAGUUCAAUGGCACCUCUAACACCAUGACGCCACAGUUCAAUGGCACCUCUAACACCAUGACGCCACAGUUGAAUGGCACCUCUAACUCCAUGACGCCACAGUUGAAUGGCACCUCUAACACCAUGACGCCACAGUUGAAUGGCACCUCUAACACCAUGACGCCUCAGUUGAAUGGCACCUCUAACACCAUGACGCCUCAGUUGAAUGGCACCUCUAACACCAUGACGUCACAGUUGAAUGGCACCUCUAACACCAUGACGUCACCGUUGAAUGGCACCUCUAACACCAUGACGUCACAGUUGAAUGGCACCUCUAACACCAUGACGCCUCAGUUGAAUGGCACCUCUAACACCAUGACGCCUCAGUUGAAUGGCACCUCUAACACCAUGACGUCUCAGUUGAAUGGCACCUCUAACACCAUGACGCCUCAGUUGAAUGGCACCUCUAACACCAUGACGUCACAGUUGAAUGGCACCUCUAACACCAUGACGUCACAGUUGAAUGGCACCUCUAACACCAUGACGUCACAGUUGAAUGGCACCUCUAACACCAUGACGCCACAGUUCAAUGGCACCUCUAACACCAUGACGCCACAGUUCAAUGGCACCUCUAACAUCCCAAUGUCAUACCUCUGUUAG